AUGGCGUCUCUAAACAUUACCAUAGAUGACAUCCCAAACUUGAAGGGCAAACGCGUCAUCAUUACAGGCGCCUCAUCAGGCAUCGGCCUCAGCGCCGCACACAUAUUCGCCAAGAAAGGUGCUUAUGUGCUCAACCUAGACCUCAACCCGCCACCUGGUGAACAGCCGCAGGGCGUCGAAUUUAGGCAAUGCGACAUCUCUAAGUGGGCCAGUCUCGUGGAUGCCUUCCAGCAUGCUGGUACCGUUGACAUUGCUGUCUCCAACGCUGGGAUAUCCGAAGAGACGGAUUACUUUGCCGACACCUUUGACGAAACGACCGGAGAUCUGCUUGAGCCCAAAUAUGCCGUCAUGAACGUGAAUAUGCGCGCCGUCGCCAACUUGACCAAGCUGGCCAUCAGCCAUUUCCGGCGACGGGGCUGUCCCGGUAGCAUCGUGAUUACAUCCAGCGCGACGGCCUAUUCUCCAGAGCAGUCCCUCCCCAUAUACAGUGCAUGCAAAGUAGCUCUUAUCGGUAUGAUGCGCUCUCUGCGCUCCUCCCUUCGGGCCGAGGAUAUCACAAUCAACUGUGUCGCCCCGGCGGCCACAAUCACCAGCCUGCUCCCACAACAUCUAGCAGACCCCAUUAUUGCUGCUGGCUUGCCCGUGAGCUCAGCUGAGUUUGUCGGACUGGCCGUUGUCUACUCUGCCGUAGCAACCCAGCCGCAGAUUGUCGAGCUGUACGGCAAGGAUAACAUUAACCUCUCAAAGAAACCGUCGCGGUGGAAUGGGAGGACGAUAUUGACGUUGGGCGACAAGUAUACCGAGCUAGAAGGCCCGAUAGCAUCUCUGAGGGCAAAGUGGUUCGGCCCGGACAACAUGGAUCUUACCCGGAACCAACAGGCAGCUACUGAUUUCAGAAUUGGCAUCUGA